CGGGAGCAGAGAGCAGAGCAGCGGCUCGUGCAGCGGCGGAGGAUCGAUCAUCUCGAUCAGGAGAUCACCGAUCAGCUGCGGGACUGAAGAGGAGCCGCGGCAGUGUUUUCUCCUCAGACGAUGUCGGGCGGACGCAGGAAACUGAAACUGUGAGAAACUUCAGGAACGUCCGAACAGACCAGAAGUCAGCGUGAGCCGAGCAGAACUCCGAGGUCGACAUGGCUCUGUUCUUCGCUGGAGCCGUUACAAGUUCGCCGAUAAAGAGCCGAGAGCCGCCGGCCGAGCGCACCUGCCACAGCCUGGGCGUGUCGCUGCUCUCUCCUGACUCCUCCUACCUGUGUUACUCCGCCUCCUCUGACGGCGGCGCCCCCUGCUGCUGCCGCCGCUCGCCCCGCCUCCUCACCAACGGAUACUACAUCAUGACGGAGGACAGCUUCUCCUGGGACGACGACGGCAACGUGUCGCUCACCACGCCCCAAACCAACGUGUCCUACAAGGAGAACCUGGUCAGGAUCUUCCGGCGGCGGCGGCGGCCCCGUCGGUCUCUGGUCAGUCUGCUGAGCGACGUGACGGACAGCUGCCAGUCGUGGCUCGACCGCCGAGUCUUCGGAGGAGUGUUCGCGGCGCCGGCUGAGCCCGAGCGGCCGCGCACGCCGGACAAGCCCGCCGAGCUGUCGUGGUCCGAGCUGAGCGGCUCCGAGCUGGACGGCGGCUGCAGCUUCACGUUCGACCACACGGAGGUCCCGCCCCCUCCUGACAAAGAGGCUCCGCCCCCCAAGCUGCUGGUCCAGGAGGAGAUCUGCUCGGAGAUCUGUCAAUCACAGGAGCGCUUCACCCAAUCGCUGGGCAGCCUCUCCGAAGUCCCGCCCCCCGCAACCCCGUACACCAACAGCUGCUGUCCUCCCUCCUCACCUGAGCAAACAGGUUUAUCCUCGAUGAAGGCUCUCCUGCUCCUCAUCUUCACCAUCUUCCUCUGCGCCACCGUCUCCUCUGGGUGUCCACUGUGGGGCUUCUCUGUGGCGUCUGCGGCCUUCCUAAUGAUCACGGCCUUCAUGUUCGUCACGAAGUCGGGGCCGAUGAGCGAGUGGCGGCGGGCCAAGACCGAGGACAUCACCUCCAGGAACGAGUAGAGGAGGAGCAGGACUUCGCCUCAGUGUGUCCUGCGUGCACACACACACUUUUACACACACACACACACACACACACACAUACAUUCAUACGCAUUUAUAGGUUUUCCAGUGCAUCCAAGUUUUCCAUGUCGUCAUGCAGCUGGAGGAGUGACAGGAAAGCACCGCCUGGAGAAGCUGCGGAAACAUUUUCUCUUCCCUGAACUGUUUGCAUGCAGGGUUGCACCUGAGAGCCGAGCGGCGUGGCGCUCCAGACGCCCAGCAGACGCCGACGAAACAAAACCAUCUGCUCUCUGAAUAGAAACCUCAACCUGAAUGCAUCACCUGGAAUGUGUCCGCUGCACAAAAAGGGCGGCUGAUUCAGGUUAAAAUUUGGCCGAAGUUAAAGCUCAGACCUUUGUGUCCUUUCCACUGAUCGAAAACACAAAAUUAUAAAAAAAGAUCCAUAAUCAAGGAACGUGUAAAGAAGGAGGAGUCGUGUCACGGCGUCGGUGUUUCAGAUUUGCCUUGGUGCCACAAAUACUAAAGUGAACGGGACAGAGAUUCGACCAUAGAACAAAACACACCUUAUAUGAUGAGGGUUGGUUUUCAUGUGUCGUCUCAAAACAUCAGGAAUCUCUCCAGCAGAUGCAGAAAAAAAACAAGCCAAACAACGCUCAUGUUAGCCACAUGCUGGUUUAAAAUGCACAAUCGCAAAUAUCAAAUAUGAGCCACAAUCAGAAAUAAUUUAUUGAUCCCAGAGGGGAAAGUGAGUCAGCUGCAGCUCCUCGAAUUCUCAAGAGAAGAAUACAUCAUAAGCAUGAGUGAAAUAAUAAGAAAUGGGAAGGAAUAUAAAAAUAUGUGCUUUAGAUAUUUGUAACAACAUAUGUGCAUUAUGUAAAAAUACAUGCAUUAAUCCUACAAAAUGUUACAACAAUAAAUCGAGGUAAAAGGCUCAUUUAUGCUCCUUUACAUGUGAAAAUCAAAUCCGGUUCAAACGAUGUAAACAUCGAUGCCCAUGUGCCUCCUUUACGUCAACAUGGAGGUUCAUCCACAAAUCCACUAGAGGGCAGCACAGAGUCCAAAGUUUCUGAUGACAGCAAACAUGGCAGCAGUGGAGGAGGACGGAAACGGCCUGUGAGGUCAUUAAACACAUCACCAUAGGAAGACGGCAGCCUUUUAGGUCAUUAAACACAUCAUCGCAGGAGGACGGUGGCCUGUGAGGUCAUUAAAUGCACCACCGUAAGAGGACAGCGGCCUGUGAGGCCAUUAAACACAUCACCGCAGGAGGAUACCGGCCUGUGAGGUCAUUAAAUGCACCACCGCAGGAGGACGGCGGCCUUUGAGGUCAUUAAACGCAUCACCGCAGGAGGACAGCGGCCUAUGAGGUCAUUCAACGCAUCACCGCAAGAGGACGGCGGCCUGUGAGGUCAUUAAACACAUCACCACAGGAGGAUACCGGCCUGUGAGGUCAUUAAAUGCACCACUGCAAGAGGACACCGGCCUGUGAGGUCAUUAAACGCAUCACCGCAGGAGAACGAUGGCCUAUGAGGUCAUUCAACGCAUCACCGCAAGAGGACGGCGGCCUGUGAGGUCAUUAAACACAUCACCACAGGAGGAUACCGGCCUGUGAGGUCAUUAAAUGCACCACUGCAAGAGGACACCGGCCUGUGAGGUCAUUAAACGCAUCACCGCAGGAGAACGAUGGCCUGUGAGGUCAUUAAACGCACCACGUUUGAGAAUGGAGAAAAAGCUCCCUCUCUAUUGAACGUUGAGCAUAAAUGAGCCAUAACCCAUUCACAUCAAUGACAGCCCCAUUGAAUCUCUCCACCCUCAGCGCCCUUCUGAGCUCGUUGUCCUCUCCUUAUUUAUACGUUCCUUGAUCUGUAAUUCAAAGAGCUUUUGAGCUUUCAGAUGUGAGGUGGAAAGGGCCUGCAGCUGAAACCGUCCCGUCGGCUUCUGUUGAGAUGCAGACGAUUUCACUGCGACUCCACGGCUGAACGCUCUGCCGUCCAGCACCAAGAGAGGACAACAGAUAUAUAUUGAUACAUCCUCCAAAUGUACUCUGUGUUAUUGACAUAUCUCUAUGUUGUAUUGUCAGUAGUUGUCUUGGCUGUUUUUGUCCAAAGUGACCCGUAUUCAGGCGUUCAGGUCCACAGUUUGAACAGAAAAAAAAAACAAAAAACAAAAAAAAACAAAACGUGCAGCGAGAGCGGCUGCUGCCUCUCUGCUGACACACGACCAAACGUCCAGCAGCACCUGGAGGUCGACUCUAUCUACCUGGAAUUUGAAACGAUUAAGUGCCAUAUUUUUCCUGAGGAAACUAUGCGUGAAGAGUUUUGUUCCAAAGUGAAAAAAAAAACAAAAAAAACAUGUACUAUCGGGAGCACAGAAGCACAGCAGCAGCUACAGAAGAGCUGCACUCGGUCUGGUUUGGCCUCUGAUUGGCUCCGGGUCGAGCUGUUUUGGGCGAUGAAGCCCCUCAAACUGUAAUUUUUUUUAAAGUAACAUUUUCUUUGGAUCGUCCCCUGUAGGAAUUCAGCACAAUAUCAGUUGAUUUAUAAGGCCAAGAACAACAAAAGCAGAAUAUAAAUAGGCCAUAUGUUCGAUUUCAGCAGCAUUAGUAUGGAUCCCACUGGAGUUCUGGGCAAGACACGCCCACCAGUGCCGCGAUUGGGCCUAAAAUCUGCUGGCCUGUUGCUCAUUGGCUAAAACAGGCCUGACAUGAAGUGUCAGCCAACCAGAACCCUGACCUCAGUCCUGUGGGCGUGUCCUACCCAGAACUCCUGUGGGUUUCAUAAUACCACAGGCCAUGUUUGUUCAGAUUCAGCAACGUGUUGUUGAAAUGUAACUUAUGGUUUGACAUUCCUGUGAUGUUGAUUUUUAACUGGUAAUCAAUUAAUUAAUCAAUUGUGUUGAUCACCUGUAGGAGACUUUCAAAGUAAAGUGUGACAAAAAAGUGAACUUUGGGGCUUUAAAAGAACCACUCCUGAAUCCUGUAGACGUGUUAUUAAAGUUAAUAAAUACUAAACAAACACACACACACACACACACACACACACACACACACGCAGUUUGAAACAAAACUCUUCGGCUGCUAAGUGCCUUCUCCCUCGCGGCCUCUGCAGGCCUGCGGUGCAUCAGGACGCAGCGCAAUAACGACAUAACGAUUUAAAAUGCUGCUGAAAUAUUCAUAAAAUAUUGAGACAGGAAGACCAGGGUCAGGUAUCAGGUUUGAAAUAUGUGUGGGCGUUUGAUUUAACCUGCAUGGUGAAGCAGAUGGGUGGGGUUUAACUGCAUGUGGAAAGUCACCAGAUAACACAAAAUAUACUCUAAAAUACUUUCACUUAUAUUUCUGUGACCGAUUAAAUUUUCUGGUGGUUAUUCUGUGAAACCCCACCCGUCUGGCACUGCACACAGACGAAAACAAGCGCUACACUCUUGAGGCUGUCUCUGCGCCUCUUCACACAUAUCGAGCUCUUAUUUUGUAAACAGAUUCUAGAGAGAACCGGAUCAGGAUUAGAGAGGGCAGCUGUUUGCUUUUGUGUUUAAAGUCCCAGUGAAAUGAAAAAUGAGUAUUUUCACUUUGGUAGCUAGUUUUCCAUGUUAUAAUACAGAUCUAUAUACCCUUACCUGUGUUUUAUAGCAGAAUGCAGUUCCUGUCCGCUGUUGGGAAAGUGUUUUUAGUGGUUACUUCACUGUGCUCAGCUUUAUUCUGUGGAGUGGAGUGGAAACAUGUCCCGCCCUAACAUCCUGUUCAAACAGGAAAUAUGUUAAAUUACAGGGGGGCUUUGCUCUCAAAAUGAUAUUUCAUUGUGACUUUAAUAUUCGCUGCCUACCGCCGUUGCCAGUGAGCUGAGAAACUUUGUGGUUGGAUGUUUUUAGGGAUAAUUAUGUACAGAUUUCGACUUCCUCUUACCUAUUUGACUCUGCAACAGGCAGUUAUUAAUAUCCAUAUAUUGAUCACUAAUAGCUGAUUCCCUGUGGGGGAAACAGAAAGAGGUGCUUUCAUCAGGAAAAGCAGCAUGGCAGGUAGCAGGUAGUACC